UUGGGAAUCCCCAGAAACCCUUGUGAAACAGGUGGUCUGGGCUUUGAAAACCUUGCAACUCUUUAUUUCUCAGGGCCGCAUGAGUCUUGGCCGGAGCAUUCCACUACGCGCACGGCGGCGGAGAAUAGAGGCCAGAAGUAGCAUGAUACCACUCUGCAGCCACGUUUCUCCACUGCGCCUGACCCCACCCGGUGCAACAGAACAGCCGUUGCGCUCCGCCGGGGACGCCAAUGGGUGCCUCCGCCUGCAGCUGCACUCUGCCGCCAGAGGCGCCGCACGCGGCCGAGGACGCCGCCUCCCCGAAGGUGGGCCCGCAGGCGCAGCCCGCGCUGCUCCGCGCGCGCUCCUUCACCGAGUCCACCGGCGAGAGCCUCGCACGGACAUCACCGGGGCCGAGCAGCGAGGCCAGCCCGCGCAGCCAGGACAGCGCAUCCACGGAGGCCUCGUGCCAGUCCGAGCCACAGGGUGCGAGCUGCCCUGGCCCAGCGGCGUCUGGCCUGCCGCCAAGCGCUGCAGAGCCGGCGCAGCAGCCCACCUCGGUCGCCAGGCAGUCGGAGCAGGCGCUGGCCCUGUGCGCCACCGUGAUGGCCGCCCGGUCUGACUUCAGCGGCGACUGGCUUCUGCACAGGCUCGAGGGGGACGUGGAAGCGCUGCUGAGGGAGCUCGAGACCCCGUGGGUGCAGCGAAAGGCAGCGGCCAGGUUGGGCUACGGCGUGGGCAUGCAGUGCGUCCGUGUGGAGCACCACGCCGACCAGAUCCGCAUACACACGAGCUACGUGUCUGGCAACGUGGAGAUGGCGCGGCCAAAGCCGACGCUCAACGUCUAUAACACAGACGGCAUCGAGCAGGACGUCACGGACUACGAGGGCCACCCCGUCCGAACCCGCGUGACCUGGGACGGGGACGCGCUGUCCAUGGUCUCCCAGCGGGUGGGUCAGGGCAGCGGCGGGCCUCUGCCCUCCACGCGGCGCUACCUGCAGGGCGGCGGAGCUGGUCUUCGAGCAGACGAGCCCGAUCACGGGCGUCGCCGUGCGGCGGGUCUACCGGCGCCGGGAGGGCCCGAGCCCCGCCGCGGCAGGCCCGUGAGGGCGCCCCGGCACGGCCUCCUCUCGGCCGCGCGCAGGAGGAGGGGCUUUCGAGAAAUGCCCCUGCUUCUGAGAGCCUCGCAGCAAAUCUCUCUCUCUCUCUCUCUUGCCCAGGGUCGUUCCUGCGUGUAGCCGACGAGUGGGGAGGAGUGGUAGGAUCGCUGCUGUCGAAAUUCGGGCGCCAGCACGGCCUGCUCCGUGCGAGGCCUCCGGGCCCCCCCUUUGUGCCCCUGCAUUCUCCGCACUGCGGAUCGUGGCCCUGGGAGGUGCAGGCCUAUCCCUGCUCCUCCAAGGUGUCGUGGGCUCGGGACCGCGGGCCCACCGUUUCUCUAUGAUUGUUAGAGUGUCCAUUGUCAUGGCAUCCACAACUCUAUGCCCUGCACGGCCGCGCCAGCAGUCCCUGCCAGGAUGGACUCGAUUCGAGCUCGGAUCUCACAUUCGCCGUCCACCCGCGCCAACAGUGCGCGCGUACAGAAUGCAUGGCUCGGCAUGCGUCUCUGUCCGAGAGCGACCCGUGCUCUUUCGCCGCAGGCUCACCCUGCUCCCAGACCAGAGGGGGCCAUGGCGAAUAGCAGCUGCUCUCUCUCCAGUCUCCCUCCUUCCUGGAGGUCCCAUGACAGGAGGCCCGCAUCGACUGAUCCUGAGGAGCGGCUGAUGCGGACCUCCUGCAAUGGUGCCGACUGCAGGAGCCCUCAUCCCGCGGUCUCACAGGGCCUCCCCGCUCUGCCGCUUCGGGAUCCGCAUCCUCCUUCAUCCCUCCCUUCUCCCUGCCCUCGUU